CGACGAACCUAAUGGCAGUCCUGUGGUUGUGUAGUGCGCUAUGCACCACUGCUCACGACGCCUCCCUCGAAAUACACUUCACUCUUGGGGUGGGGAGACCAACCCCGAUAACUCCCGGCUAUUACAGCCGACGAGGAGUGUGGGCGCUUGCGCUCGGAUUCAAACCGCUGCGCGCGAUUCUAUUUUGAGACUCUACCUAUUAUCUGGGUGAGCGCGUCGGGAUUCUUUGUAGCCCAUGCUGCCGCCGAACAUGACUGGCACAAAUGAGUUGCCGAGUUUUACAUGGGCUAAUCUUUUCGGACGUAGCACCUGUGAAUGUUGUGAAUAUUUGCACAGCACCUACCCAUCGCAGUAUCCAUAUGCUGCCCAAAUCAGCGUCAUACUAUUCUCCCCGGUCUCAGGAGGUUCUAUGCAGGUUCAGUUUGUGUCUCGUAUUACAGAGGGGACAACCCUCAUGGUUAUCAUCAUACGAGCGGCCCGUCGGGUAUGACACUAGCCUACUGUAUCGACCUUAUCUCGCCUACUUCUCAACUUCGGCAGAAUCUCCGUCUAGCAUUUUCUGUUUGAACCCUAAAUCGGCGUCGUCUUCUCCCCUCUACUCAGUGAGGUCGGUGGGGUGGAUGGAUGAUAGAUGCCAUCACUUUAUACUCGGCUGCAUGCGUGCCUUUCGACAUAUGACGGAGUGUACAAUGUUCCAAUCAGGUUUAGAUCCACUGUAUCGCCUCUCACAUUGCCACCGUUCCGAACGACAACCGCCAGUGUCCCAUCAGCAAUCCUCUACCCGUUUCCCAAUCAAGCCGUCGGUAUCUCAACAGCCUAGCACUCCUGAUUGUCGAGCCGCUGAUAUUCCUCGAAUUGUCAAGAAUUAUUAUCCAGGACAAGCACGAGCUGUGAGAGACCGAAAAAGCAGCACCUACGGCCGCGGGAAGGCACACAUGUUGUUUUGAGUCGGUUGUUCGUCUGAGUGAGAGCCAAUCCCCACUUCCUUCAUGGACAUAACAAAAGAGCCUGGAGCAAUAGGCAAGCUUAAGUAGGCAGAGAAAGUGUAUGUCGAUGUGGGAUGAUCAUUGUUGCGGCAAAGGUUCUAUAAACAAGGGAGGUGUAAGGCCAGUGUGAAGGUCUUGCAGAUGCGCACUGAGCAUCGUUUAGUGCGAGCGAGUGGCCUGUUUUGCAAGCAGCUGGGCAACUAAGGCAUUCUGAGUCCGGGUGGCCUGGGCGAGCUCGGCAAUUGUCUCGUUGAUCG